GGCACAAAUCGAUUUUUCAAAGCUGGUCGUCAUGCCAGUGCCAGUAGUUACUCUGCCAAAGGCAGCAACAACUUGCCCCAGAUCUCCCGAUAAGUGAGAACAUGAAUAAUUAGAUGCUGGGAAGGGGUAGUGAUUAAUUGGCAACGAGUGGAAACCAACGAACCGUAAAAUAAUAAAGAUUCACGUUCCAAGAUAAAGUGAGCAUCUUGCACUGAAGGUGAAGUGAGGAAGUUGAGCGUUGGCAAAGUGCCAGAGGAAGAAAAAAUACUUGGAUACCGAAUAGCAUGCAAACUCAUGGGAAUGGCGCGAUUCGCUUACGAAUGCAGUGUCGAUACCAAGGGGAAUAAUACGAGUGAAGGACCAGGUACGAUAAAACCUGUGUCGUGUCAAGCGAAUAAUAUUUGUCUCUACUGCUGUUGCGAGCCCCAGUGUUGCUUCUUGAUACAGCGGAAUACGCCGAAACAUUUUUGGGAGGCCUGGUACUUCUGGCUGGGAAUUGCCCUGUUGAUUCUCUUCAUUAUUUCAUCAGUGACCAGUUACAUCAUAAGCAACUGUCGUCAAAACAUCCAAACAUUAACAAGUACCCCGGCAGCCGCAAAUGCGCGUACCGAUCAAAAUGCAACAAAUGAAAUUUCAAUCCACGUGAUACCAACGACCGGUGUGCUUCCGUCUCACCAUAAACUCCUGCUCUGCGCGCCCGAAUCGAGCUCCUCGUUGAUGACUCCAAUCGUUGCCUGAGCUUCAUGACACACUGGCACUUAGUGUCUUCUCCGUGUUUUCAUUCUCAUUUUUAUUAAUAAUAAAAUGAGGGAAGGCUUAUGAUUAUGUCUGGCGGAUGAGAGAGAGGGGAAGACAAGUCCACUUGAGCUGUCUGUCUAAUGACACCCGUUAAUACCCAACGGUUAUGACGAGAGUUGCAAUAAAGG